GUCUUUGACUUUGGCAUGCCCCGGAAUAUAACGGCACGGACCGGACACACGGCGGCCAUCAAUUGCCGCGUCGAGAAUUUGCGCGAUAAAUCGGUAUCCUGGAUAAGGAAACGCGAUUUGCACAUUCUGACUGCAGGCAUUCUGACCUACACUUCUGAUGAGCGCUUCAAGGUCGUACGCACCGCCGACUCGAAGGAUUGGACAUUGCAUGUGAAAUAUGCGCAGCCACGUGACAGCGGCAUCUACGAGUGCCAGGUGAACACGGAGCCAAAGAUUUCGAUGGCAUUUCGCUUGAAUGUCAUAGUGACGCCGCCAGAUGCCAAAGCGAUUAUAGCCGGUCCAACGGAUUUGUACGUCAAAGUGGGCAGCGUUAUAACGCUCACAUGCCAUGUGAAACAGCCGGCGACAGCGGCUCAGGAUAUUGGGCCAAUUUACUGGUAUCGCGGCCCCUACAUUCUCACACCAUUUGUGGCCCAUCCGAACGAUGCAGCCAUCGACUUGCAGCGCAUCUCAAUGGAAUCAACACUUGCCGAGAAGCUCCAAAGCAGAUUGCGGAUUGCCAAUGCCCAGCUGCUGGACACGGGCAACUAUACGUGCAUGCCGACAACAGCGGAGGCGGCCAGCGUUGUGGUCAAUGUCAUUAAUGACGAGAGCCCCGCGGCCAUGCAGAAGAGCGGCGGCAACGGCAGCUGCCUUCGCAACAGCCUCAACUUUAACCUCGUCUUGGCACUGGCCGCCAGCGCGGUGGUGCGAUGGCUGUGCUGGCUUCUGGGCAACGCCAGCUUCUCCUUAGUGCAUAUCAAUUACGAUGUCAGGCUGUCAAUCGGCAAUGGCUACUCCAGGCAGGAGCAGCAGCAGCAGGAGCAGCUGCAGCCGCAACAUCAACAGCAGUCCAUGGCGUCAUGA